AUGUCGUUACCAUCAGAAAAUCUGGAAAACACACAAAAUGCGAACAACUCUUCGAGAAUAUUAAGAAACGUUCAAAGGUUAGCCUUGAAUAACGUUACAAAUACCACGUUAAUGCAAGACGAAUCUGUUCAGAAUGGUGGAAUAAGAGCACUCAAAACAAGUUUAAAUACGGCAAAGAAAGAGGGAAGUAGAAUCCCACAACCCAAUAAAGAUAUACUAUCUCGUUCUACGUUAUUGAAUGAAAAGGAAAAAAUUCAGAACAGUAUAAAUCUUGAAAAUAAUAAAGAAUCACAAAUUAUGAAUGCAACGAUAUCUAAGAACAACAAAGAAAACCAAAAUCCUUUCUCCGCGGGAAACCAGCAACUUUCAUCAAUUGUUGAAGAGGAGCAAGACGGUGGUAACUCAACUUCUUCCACUAACAAUGGACCAACGAAUACACAACCUACCACACAAAACGUCAAGUUUUUACAACCACCAACUGUGAAUAAUGAUUCAGCAGACAUCAAUAAGAAAAGGCCAAUAUCGACAGUCGUUGAACAAGAAGUUCCAAAAAAGUUUAAAGUUUGUGCCGAGGACGGUACUGAAGAAUAUGAAUGGGAAGAUCUUGAUGCUGAAGAUGUUAACGACCCUUUUAUGGUUAGUGAAUAUGUGAAUGAUAUAUUUGACUAUUUAUAUCACUUAGAAGUAGUCACCCUUCCAAACAAGGAAGACUUAAAGAAACAUAAAAACAUCAAUCAAAAUAGAGAUAUUUUGGUAAAUUGGCUUGUUAAAAUUCAUAAUAAGUUUGGAUUGUUACCUGAAACACUAUAUUUAGCAAUAAAUAUAAUGGACCGAUUUUUAUGCAAAGAACUUGUGCAACUGGAUAAGCUCCAACUAGUUGGUACCUCCUGUCUAUUUAUUGCCUCAAAAUACGAAGAAGUUUAUUCUCCUAGUAUUAAACACUAUGCUUCAGAAACAGAUGGGGCAUGCACAGAGGAAGAAAUAAAAGAAGGUGAGAAAUUUAUUUUAAAAACACUUGAAUUCACUUUGAAUUACCCAAAUCCAAUGAAUUUUUUAAGAAGAAUAUCCAAAGCUGAUGAUUACGAUAUACAAUCUCGAACGCUUGCAAAAUUCCUAUUAGAAAUCUCAUUGGUAGAUUUUAGAUUUAUCGGAAUAUUACCAUCCCUCUGUGCAGCCGCUGCAAUGUUUUUAUCAAGAAAAAUGUUAGGUAAAGGAGGUUGGGAUGGAAACCUUAUCCAUUACAGUGGAGGUUAUACAAAAGAACAACUUGAUCCUGUGUGCAAUAUGAUUAUGGAUUAUUUGGUUAGUCCUAUUGUUCAUGAUGAAUUUCACAGAAAAUACCAAUCUAGACGUUUCAUGAAGGCUUCCAUCAUAUCAGUUCAAUGGGCCUUGAAGGUAAGGAAGAAUGGCUAUAAUAUAAUGACUCUGCAUGAACAAUAA